UAUCACGUUAUUACAUCUUCUCUUCUUCAUUAAAAGUCUUGUCGGUACACAAAUUCAUGGAGAGCCCGAGAUCGCUUCUUCAACCUCCGACUUACGGGAAAUUAAUCACCAUUCUUAGCAUCGAUGGCGGCGGAAUCAGAGGGAUAAUCCCUGCAACCAUUCUUGCCUUUCUAGAAGCUGAGAUUCAGAAACUGGACGGAGAAGAAGCGAGGCUUGCAGACUACUUCGAUGUGAUUGCUGGAACGAGCACCGGUGGUCUAGUGACGGCGAUGCUCACUGCCCCGAACAAGAAAGGCCGUCCCUUGUUCGCAGGCAACGAGAUCAAGGACUUUUACCUUGAACACUGUCCAAAAAUCUUCCCGCAAGAUCAUUUUCCCUUUUCCUCGGCGAAAAACUUGGUAAAGACCUUGUCCGGACCCAAGUACGACGGCAAAUACCUUCAUCAACUUGUGAAGGAGAAACUGGGAGAUACGAGGUUGAACCAAACACUCACCAACGUUGUCAUCCCGACAUUUGAUAUCAAGCGUCUUCAACCUACCAUUUUUAGCAGCUAUGAGGUGAAGAACAAUUCACUCAAGAAUGCAACGCUCGCCGAUAUCAGCAUUUCAACUUCAGCUGCUCCAACAUAUCUGCCUGCCCAUUACUUCCAAACUAAAGACGUCUUGACGGGGAAAGUCAGGGAUUUCAAUCUCAUUGAUGGCGGUGUUGCGGCUAACAACCCGGCUCAAGUGGCCAUUGGAGAGGUCACAAAGGAGAUCACACGAGGAAGUACUGAAUUCUUCCCGAUAAAACCGAACGACUACGGAAGGUUUCUCGUGCUUUCCCUCGGGACAGGUACCGCUAAGGCGGAAGAGAAGUUCAACGCACAAGAAUGCGCCGACUGGGGAAUGUUGAGUUGGUUGGCACACGAUAACUCAACGCCUCUUAUCGAUGCCUUCACGCAUGCUAGUUCCGACAUGGUGGAUUUCCACCUCUCAGCCGUCUUCCAAGCUCUACAUUCCGAGUCCAACUAUCUCCGGAUCCAAGACGAUACAUUAACCGGGGAUGCGUCUUCAGUAGAUAUCGCGACCAAGGAAAACCUAGAGAAUCUGGUGAAAACGGGAGAACAGCUCCUCAAGAAACCGGUUUCAAGAGUGAAUUUCGAAACGGGUUCGAACGAGAACGCGUAUGAAAUGACAAACGAGGAGGCUAUCAUCAAGUUGGCAGGGAUACUCUCUAGGGAGAAGAAACUCCGAGACACGAGGUCUCCUCACGGAAGAAUGUCGAAAUCAAUGCCGUAGACAUGCAAGUUGCAGGGAUCCUCCUAUAUCGUUAUUUAUAUAGUGAAAAAAUUGAUUGAUAAAAACAAAACUAAAAAAUAUGUACUUGAUAUAGAUGUGUAAUAAUGUAAGUUCAUAUAUAUUGUUGAAAAAGGGAUAAAUGUUGCUAUUUGUGGAUUUAAGUUUAGAUGUUUUAUUUACUUUAUUUCAAUAUUUGUGCCCACUUGUAACAUGGACUGGUGAUGUACGAA